AUGGUCUCCCAUGCUCUCUUCCGUAUUACACUCGUGUCGUCGAAGUUGUUCGCGUACGCUGGUGGUCUCCCAGUGGGCACAGAAGAUGCAGCCGUCACAAGAUCCACCUCUCGGCUGUUCCUGAGUAAUAAUGUCACGUUUGAUGAGUUUCUGCACCCGAAAAAAAGUGAAGGAGAGAAUGUCACGUUUGAUGAGUUUCUGCACCCGAAAAAAAAUGUCACGUUUGAUGAGUUUCUGCACGCGAAAAAAAGUGAAGGAGAGGCUGUGUAUCAGUGUGCUCGGAAAUCAAUUGGUCGCUGGUUCGAUUCCGGCCACUCGGAGUUAUGUGGCACCCUUGAGUUGCCCGUUCGCGCACUUGAUGGCCUCUUUUUUGGCGUUUGUUGUCGGUCAUUUGCGUUCAAGAGAGCUAUCCGUGCUUCAUUUGAACAGAGCCCUCACUAG